AUGUCCUCCACUGACACCCUUUCUACUGCUGAUGGUGCUCUUCUCUCUCCUGAGGAUGCUACUGAGUACAGGAGUAUUGUUGGUGGCCUGCAGUAUCUGACAAUCAUGCGUCCUGAUCUCUCCUUUGCGGUUAACAGUGUGUGCCAGUAUCUUCAUGCUCCUACUGAUGUACACUGGUCUGCUGUGAAGCGCAUACUGCGUUAUGUGCGUCUCACUGUCUCCUUUGGUCUUCACCUGCACCCCAGUUCCUCCGGCGUUCUUUCUGCAUUCUCUGAUGCUGAUUGGGACACAGCGCACAAAAGACAACUAGACUCUGCCUUCCCUCCUUUCCAUCUUUUCUGCCCGCCUCCCCCCUCGUUGCGAUAUCAAGAAGAGGACGAGCAGGCAACGACGCACAUGUGGGGCUCUUGCGCGCCGACGGCCAUGCCGACUAUGAACGAGCUCGAGGAGACAGCAGAGCUGCCGUCCGGGUGGUUGCAGAUCGCCACCACCUCCUCCGCGACCAAGAGAAAGCGCCGGCGAGCUGGGACACCAGACCCGGACGCGGAGGUGGUGGCGCUCUCUCCGCGGGCGCUGCUGGAGCGGAAGACGUACGCGUGCGAGGUCUGCGACCAGGGGUUCCCGCGGGAGGCGAGACUGCAGACGCACCGGCGGUGGCACGGCGUGCCGUGGGAGCAGCCGCCGAAGCGGCAGGCCGGCAAUGCCAAUGCGGCGCCGCCGGCCCGGAAGCGGGUGUUCGUGUGCCCGGAGCCCAGCUGCGCGCACCACCACCCCUGCCACGCCCUGAGAGGCCUCGCCGGCAUCAAGAACCACUUCCGCCGCAAGCACGCCGCCCACCGCCAGCGGGCAUGCUCCCACUGCUCCGGGUCCUACGCCGUGCACGACGGCUACAUUGCCCACCUCAAGGCAUGCUGCGCCCGCCUCAGCUACCCCUGCCGCUGCGGCUGCGUCUUCUUCCGGGUGGACAAGUUUGCAAAGCACCAGUACACGUGCAGUGCCGGCCCUCCACAGGCGGACGCGUCGUCGGCGCCGGUGUGCGGGGCGUUGUCGGAGCCGCGGCAGCUGGCGACAGCACUGUCCCUGUCAUGCUUCGCCAGCCCGUCCAGUGACAUCCUCGUCGGCGGGGUGAUUUGGACCGGCGACGCGGCAAUGCGGAGACCGAGCGCCCCCACGUUCCACCGGCUCUUCGACGAGCUGCCGCCGCCCGACACCAGUUGCGUCGGGCACGACCUCGAGCUGCGGCUCAUGCCGCCAUCAUGCCACGCAGCGCCGCGCUCACCGCCGGCGCCCAUCUCGCGGGGAGACGACGACGCCAUCCAGCUGCAGCUUUCAAUGGCCCAAUGCAGCGGCGAAAGCCGUGGGGCAGAGGUGCGGCAGAAUUAG